AUGAAAACCAGAGCUCCGGGAAGCCAUGGAGGAGGAGCACUACAGCAAUUUAAUAAAAAAAAAAAACAAACGUGCCCUAAUUUACUUCUUACUGAACCAAUUCUUACCUUCAUCUUCUUACCUUCGUCUUCUUCCAUCGUCAACGACGACUGCAAGACUCCGUCGAUUUCAGCGUCUUCGGCGCGGCAAGAGGGUGAACUCCGACACACCACUGCCGACGACUCCACCACUGUCGGCGACUCCGGUGGCGACCCCAGCGACGUAAUCAGUGACUUCCACCUUCCAGACAUUGUUCACAAUGAGGAUUUCCACUCAAUCUCUCAAGUUGCUGUUGCAAGCAAUUCAAUAGCAAUUGACAAUGAAGUUGCUGCAAAUGAUGUGUUAGAAGAAGAUGAAAUUGGAGAAGAAGAUGAAAUUAAAGAAGAAGAUGAUGAAGAAUCUUUUGAAGUUCCUUCAACUUUUACUACUAUGGAGGAAACAAAUAUAACUACUGAUAGCAAUUGGAUUGUGUCACAAUUAGCGAGCAAGAAUGAUUUUACACAAGAGUUGGGAAAAGAUUCUUUCAAGGAUAAAGAAGAACUUAUUAGAGCUAUCAAGCUUUAUAGUAUUAAGACACAAAAACAAUUUGAGGUUGUUGAGACACGUCCAACUCUAUGGACCAUAAGAUGCAAGUUGCAUUUACAAUCUGGUUGUAAAUGGCAAGUUCGUGUAAUCAAACGAAAACGAAGUGGAUAUUUUGAAAUUACAAAGUAUACCGGUCCACAUACUUGUUUACAUGAUAAUAUUUCUCAAGACCAUCCAAAUCUAGAUGGAAGCUUGAUAGCCCAGGAAAGCAAACAUCUUAUUAAAGAGCAACCUUCAAUUACUAUUCCUGCUUUGAGAGCCGAAAUAGUCGAUAAAUUAGGUUAUAUUCCUUCAUACAAAAAGAUUCAUGUGGUAAAAGAACGUGAAGGUAUUUGUUUAAUUUCUGAUCGUCAUCUUGGAAUCCUAAAGGCAGUCAAUCAACAUGGAUCGCCAUGGUUAGAGCCACGUGGUUUUCAUAGGUAUUGUUUACGUCAUUUUAUCAACAACUUUUAUGAGAAGUUUUGUAAUUCAGAAUUGAAAGCUCUAGCUUAUCGUGCCGGGAGUCAAAAUCAAAUUCGAAAAUUCAACUCAACCAUGGAAGAAAUUGGGAAGCUAAAUCCACAAGCUAGACAAUGGAUAGAGAGUCAUCCACUUGAUAGAUGGACACUUGCACAUGAUGGUGGGAGGAGAUAUGGGUUGCUCACAACAAAUUUGUCGGAGAUUUUUAAUAGUGUUCUUAAAGGUGCCCGUUUUUUACUAAUCACGGCUUGUGUCCAACUUACUUUUUACAGAUUGGUGCAUUACUUUGAGGUGAGACGCCCUUUAGGAAAUAGUUCACGAGCUAAUGGAGAUGCAUAUACCCCUCAUGUUCUUGUCAAACAAGCAGCUUUGAUGUCAAAAGCAAGUAUGGUGGUUAUCGAAUCAAAGUUAUUUGGAAUGUUUCUUAUUUUCUUUUGUCUUUUGUAA